CUUGCAAUGGAUGAAGACUCACACUGCACAGCAGAAAGGGAGCUGUUGGAAACUGUAAGCAGGAUUACUGCAUUUUCUACCACAAGUCCAUCUGAUGAAGAACAAAAUCAAUCCAAAGCUGAAAUCUCAUGUCAAGGGAGACAAGAAAACCCAGAAAGAGAUGACCUGCAAGAUUCCAAUGCCUGUCUAAGUCCUAACUCUUCGAUGACCACUAAGGAGCUUCAGGAAUACUGGAGGAAUGAAAAACGCCAGUGCAGACAAGUCAAACUCCUUUUUGAAAUCCCAUCAACCAGAAUUGUAGAGCACCGCUUAUCUAAAUAUGUGAUGUAUAAAAUCAUCAUAUUGCAAACAGGGAGUUUUGACAGCAACAAGUCUGUAAUUGAACGGCGUUAUUCAGAUUUUGAGAAACUGCACAGAAAUCUGCUGGAGGAGUUUAGUGAAGAAAUGGAAGAUGUGACCUUUCCCAAGAAAACGCUAACAGGGAACUUCACAGAAGAAAUAAUCAACGAGAGAAAAUUAGCCUUCAAGGACUACCUGAGACUUCUGUAUUCUAUGAAAUAUAUCCGAAGAUCAAAAAAAUUUAUCGACUUUUUAACAAGGCUGGAGCUUCAGGAAGCAUACGGCUGCCUGCGGGGUGGCCAGUACACCAAAGCUUUGGAAAUCCUUUUAGAAGUCAUUGGUCUGCAGGAAAGGCUGACGAGAGGCAACCCUGUCUCAAUUGUCCCUACUCUCUGUGCUAUCGUGGUGUGCCACAAGGACCUGGAAAACCCAGCAAGUGCCUUUGACUAUGGAGAAAAAGCUCUAUCACGUCUUCAUGGGCGUACCGGCCACAGGUAUUAUAUUCCAUUGUUGGAAACAAUGAUCACUUUGGCAUAUGAACUUGGCAAGGAUUUUCUGUCUUUGCAAGAAAAACUGGAAGAAUGGAAGGCAAAAAAAGAUCCCGUACGGGUUUUUAGCCUGAAAGAACUCACAGUUCGGGAGUAUGUACAAUGAACAGAAGAAAAAAUUUCAUUAAAGAGCAAAGCUGUCAGGGCCCUUUCCUGAAUGCACACUCUUGAAGGAGUAAGAACUGGAAAUUACCUGUUUGGCUAACAAAACUU